AUGUGUACAGACAGACUGUUUCCCACCGCAGGUGUGUUGCGGCUGGCGUCCCUGGUGGAGCUGGACCUGUCGGGCAACUGCCUGGCGGCGCACGGCUGCCUGGCACCACUGUCUGGGCUGCCCGCGCUGCGCCGGCUCGACCUGCGCGGCAACCCACUGGCCUUCCACCCGCGCCACCGCGUCCUCGCUGCAGCCGAGCUGCACUCCGCCGCCCUCACCUGCGAGUUCGUGCUGGACGGGCAGCGCCUGUCGCAGUCGGAGCGCGCGGCGGGUCUGUCGGGGAGGCGGGAGGCGCCGCGUGGCGGCCAGACGAGUUCGGCCAGUGCCGAGCGGGAGCCACCGUCUCCCGUGCCGGCAGAGAGGCUGCCGCCGCCGCCCGAGGACUCCCUGUCCACCGGCAGCUCCACCGCCUCGGACAAGACCCUCGUCGCCGACGGCGCGACGCCAGGAAGGAGACAGUCGACGGCAGGCGGCGGCGACGGCAGCAAGACUGCACCCGUGAGGAAGUCGCGUCACGUGCGGAAGGCCGUCAUAUCGGACCUGGAAGCUGCAGACCCCACAGAUGACGGCUCCCUGACAGGCAGCGUCACGUCGAUCCGCAGCUCACCACCCGAUUCGAACGCGGAGCACUUGGAGACGAAGCGCAGGGUGGAGAGCCUGCGGCAGAUGUUCGGCCACGACAACUGGCUGCACAGCCAGGGUGGGACGUUCCUGCAGGACGUGCUCGGCCUGCCGCCCACCGCCGCCACUGCGUCCGCCCUGCUCGGUGGGACCCCACCCGCGGCCACCCCGGCCAGUCCUGCAGUUGUCGACUCUGCUGUUGCGGAGGUAGACAGUGUGGAAGUGCUCAAGGAAGGAAACAGCGACACAUUUGACGACUCGUGUGAACACACUCUCUCAUCGGAAGAAGGGAACGGACAGCGAGAAGAGGAAGAAAUAAUUCCACCGGCAGAUGACGAGGAGGAAGCAGACGAGAGUGAGCAGCAGCUGUAUGCAGUGCGCCGGCUGCUCUCGGUGGUGGGGAAGCAGCACCAGCAGCAGCAGAUUCAGCAGCAGGAACUCUUCCUGGCCGUCACAGAGAGGCAGCUGAAGGAGCGCGACACGGCGACCGGCCGGCUGCUCUGCCGCUGGCAGGCCGAGGCCCUGCAGAGCUGCGAGCUGCUGUCUGCGGAGCCGGCCCGCAUCCGUGUCACGUUCGACACCGUCAAGCCGGACCGCCGCGAGAGGACUUACUUCGUGGAAGACGCCAAAGAUGCUCAGCACCUGCUACAAACCCUGAGGGCCAUCCUGGACAAGAGGCCGCUGCAGGCGAACAACCUGAGCGUCUUCCGCUGCAUGAAGUGCUCGUCGCAGUUCUCUGAGGAAGUAGAGUCUCCCCUGGUCCCCGAUCCCCGGCUGGACGGGACCCUCCGGUGCCCGAACUGCGGCAGCGCUGUCGUGGUGCAGGCCGAGGAGGAGCCGCAGCCCGACCCACAGCCGCAGCCGCUGCCGCUGCCGCGGCCGACCGGAGCUGCAGUGGCGGCGCCGCCGUCCCGCAAGCAGGCCGACGUCCGCGCUGCCAUCGCUGCCACCGCACCGGCCCCGGAGGACCCUCCCCUCGCCGACUCUCCCUCGCAGUCCAGCAUAGGUGAGGCUGCUGUCGCAGCACACUGUCGACGGAAAGUAUCCUGUCACAAGUGGGGCACUUUUGUGAGGCCUUUGGAUAGGACAGAGAGUGACAUCGAGAUCAUCAGCAACCCCAGCCAGAGCAGCAUCGAAGUUCUGGAUGGCAGCGGAGCCAGGACGCCCGGCAGGAAGCGGUCCUCGGAGGAGCGGCAGGUGGCAGCCCACGGGUUCCCAGCGGUGGCGGGCCCGCAGGUGGCGGCGCCUCCACUGCUGCCGACCCUCCCGCCACCGAUGACGGAGAGCAGCAGCUCCGAGACACGGCAGAGUUCUGCAGAUUCGCUGACUGACAGCGUGUGCACUGCUUACGAGGGCCGCACCCCCGCCUCUGCGCCCGCCCCCGCUGCCGCCCUGACUGCAUCUCUACAGACCGGGCCCGGUCCUCAGUCAGAGGUGGUAAAGGACUCAAACAGAAUGGAUAGAGUAUUGAAAGGAGUUUUAAAAGGGCUGUCAACAAAAAUAGUGAAGUACUCGUACGUGGACUUCAGCAGGGCAGACCACCGCAUCAAGCUGCACCUUUACGUCAGCGUCUUCCAGCAGCGGGACGAGGAGCUCACCACAAUCGUCAAGGGUCACGUGCUCUGCAAGAACUUGACACAACCGAAACCUGCACUCGUGGUCCUAUCGACGCACAAGGUCUACCUCCUCUACAUUACGAGACAGGAGAGUGACGAGCCGCGGCGGUGGCUGGUGCCGGCAGACGCGUGGCCGCUGCGGCAGCUGCGGGAGGUGCGAGCGCUGCCCUGGGGGCAGGGCGUGUCGCUGCUGCUCUCCCCGACCGGCUCGACGCCGGCUGCGGCGGCGGCGGCGGCGGCGGCGGCGCUGCUGCUCCUCCUGUACGACGCGGACCACACCUCGGCCCUCCUCGCUCACUUGGCAGGGCUCAGUCUCGGGGACGGGUGCUGCGUGGAGCGGGAGCCGCUGCAGCAGCACACGGAUGCGGUGAGGCGUCUCGCGGCCACUCCGGACCGACCAGACGAUGAUGUCCGUGUGGCGGCAUUCUUCGUGGCAGCCAGUGUCAUCACUGACUCCGGGACCGUCAGCCUGGGCUCGGGGACACUGGCGAUCGGCGAGUCGGCGCUGUCGCUGUCGACCGACUCGCUGCUCUGGUUGCUGCCGUCCUCCGGGAAGCCGCCCGAGCUCUGGGCGGCACAGAGCAUCAGCAACCUGGUGGAAGUGGAAGUGGACGGGGAGACGGUUACACCGGUCUUCCUGGACGAGUCGUCCGGCACCGCACGAGAAAUCCGCUGGGUGCUCCGGAUGGGCAGUGCGGCCGUCGUGUCGGCCCUCCUGGACGCGGUGCGGCCGCCGUGGGAACAGCUGUUCUCACUGCCCCUCCAGGUCUCUCUGUCUGGACAGUCCAGAUAACACAGCUGACGAUGUCCACAGGACUGCUCACGUGUCUGUGUGUGUGUAAGCAAUGAGCAAUACUCUCUAAUCUUCCAUGUGCUGCCUGCCAGUCUCUGUCAGAUCUUCCAUGUAUCAUUUUGUUAAAUGUGUAGUACGUGCAGAGGGGGUGUGUGUGUGUGUGUGUGUGUGUGUGUGUGUGUGUGUGUGUGUGUGUGUGUGUGUGUGUGUGUGUGUGUGUUUGAGAGAGAGUUUUUUUAAGACAAAGUAGUGAGAUAAUCACAGAAUAGGUGCAGCUUUUGUUUGGAAGUUCUGUGUCAACUUUUAACAGGUCCAAGUCCAAUGUUGUUAUAUGUUCUAUACCCUCAAUAUAUAUCAUUACGGCUGGAAUGUGUCAUUCCGCAUCCAGUGUGCAAGCGAAAAGGUGACUUGUGGGCUCCGGGGACAGUUGUGCGCUACCUGUGCCACAGAUGAAAGGAACGGGAGAGUAGAAUAAAAUUACUGAAAAGGCUUCUGGCUGAAAACCUCUUCUCAUUUAGUGGGCAGCUGUUCUGCUGCAGUAGGUACCUUUGGUUGUCAUAUUUUAGUUGCAUCUAGUUUCACAGAGAGCCUUUCUCUUUAGUACAUUCAACCCUGUCCUGGUUCCCUCUUAUUAUAUUAGGAGGAUUUAAGAUUUUUUUGCCCCCC